AUGGCUUUGCGGUGUAAUCUCUCUGACAUGGGUUAUCAAGGGCCGAAGUAUACUUGGUGCAAUAAGAGAGAGGAGGGUAUAAUUUGCAAGAAGCUGGAUAGAGUUCUCUGGAAUGAUUCAGCAAUGCAGAAACUUCAUGGAGCUUAUUCUGUUUUUGAGGCUGGUGGUUUCUCAGACCAUCUACGAUGUAAGAUUCAGUUCCUACCUCAAAAAGAGAAAAUUAGAAGACCGUUUAAAUAUGUCAAUACUCUGGGGAAAUUGGAAGCUUUUCUGCCUAUGGUAAAGGAAUAUUGGGAGACUUCUCCUAGUCUAUUCCAUUCUACGUCUGCUAUGUUUCGGUUUGCAAAGAAACUUAAGAAUCUGAAGCCUAGCAUUCGUGAGUUGGGACGUGAGAAGUUGGGAAAUCUUACAAGGAAAGCAAAGGAAGCGCAUGAGUUACUGUGUGAGAAGCAGAAGAGAGCAAAGCUGCAUUGGCUUGAGGUAGGGGAUCACAAUAACAAGACAUUUCACAAUGCAAUAAAGACUACGCAAGCUCAGAAUACUAUCAGAGAGAUAAGGUGCGUAAACGGCAGUAAGGCUACAAAGCAAGAUGAUAUCAAAGUGGAAGCGGUUCAGUGUUUCUCUGAAUUCCUAAAUAGAUCUCCAGAGGAUUAUUGUGGAGCUUCUACUGAUGAAUUGAAGGAGCUGCUAAAAUUUAGAUGUACAGAAGAUGAUUGUCGAGUAUUGGAGGCUGAUGUCACAGCAGAAAAGAUCCGAGAUGUGAUAUUUGCCAUGCCAUCCAACAAAUCACCUGGUCCAGACGGGUUCCCAAGCGAAUUUUUUAAAACUGCGUGGUCUAUCUUAUGCCCUGACUUCAGGGUAGUAGUUCAAUCAGUCUUCAGGUACGGGUUUCUACCUAAGGGGAUAAACUCUACUAUCUUAGCUCUAGUCCCUAAAAACAUGGAUUCACUUGAGAUGAGAGACUUCAGACCUAUAGCUUGUUGCAAUUUAUUAUAUAAGGUGGUGUCAAAAAUCAUUGCUAACAGGCUUAGGAUGAUUCUACCGCGUCUGGUUUCUGAGAACCAAUCUGCCUUCAUAAAGGGUAGGCUGUUGCUCACUUUCGCCAUACUUGUUUGUCCUGUGCAUGAAUGUACAAAAGCCUCUGUUGAAGGAGUUUUAUCUGUAUUUGAAAGCUUCACGAGUUGGUCUGGAUUGAGUAUUAGUAUUGAGAAGUCAACGGUUUACAUGGCCGGGGUUGAAGCUGAGGAGAAAGGUAGAAUCUUGAUGAAUUUUCCAUUUGCGGAGGGAGUUCUGCCUGUUAGAUACUUAGGUCUUCCCCUCAUGACUCAAGCAAUGAGGAGGCAAGACUACAUGUCGUUGGUAGAAAAGGUGAGAGGAAAAAUCAGUACUUGGACGUGUAAAUUCCUCUCAUACGCUAGACGUCUUCAGUUGAUAUGUGCAGUCUUGAUGAGCAUUGUGAAUUUCUGGGCAGCGGUGUUCAGGUUGCCUAGUAAGUGUUUGAAGGAGAUUGAGAGUAUUUGUGCUUCAUUUCUCUGGUCAGGUCCGCAGUUGAAAGUUGGAGGUGCAAAAAUUGCAUGGGUGGGAACCUGUAAGCCAAAGUUGGAGGGAGGGUUGUGA